AUGACUGCGACAGUCGUUUUCGUACUGAUGAAUGUCGCUCUAGGCUUCAGAAAAAUGUCGAAUGACAUUCGGACAGUUAUCAUCCCUGCUAAGAUUCGAACCGUGGGCCAGGGUUCCUUUGGAGUUGCCGUUUUGUAUGAGAGGCUCCAGGAUGGCCAGCUGGUGGUGAUGAAGCAGAUAAAUUUAUCGGAUUUGACCAAAUCUGAACGGGAUAUGGCCAUGAAUGAGGUGGAAGUUUUCUCGAAGUUGCACCAUCCUAACAUCAUAGCUUAUCUGGGGAGUUUGGUUCGGGGAGAGUAUUUGUUCAUCGAAAUGGAAUAUGCGGAUGGUGGGACCCUUGCACAGGUUUUGAUCGAGAAAAGUCAUGGAGAAAGGUUGCCGGAACGAUUUAUUCUGAACAUCUUUGAGCAGAUUACGAGUGCCAUCAAUUACAUGCACUCGCAGAAUAUUUUGCAUCGAGAUUUGAAAACGGCUAAUGUUUUUCUGAACAAAAGGGGUAUUGUGAAGAUUGGAGAUUUCGGAAUCUCGAAAAUUAUGAGCACCAAAAUCCACGCUCAAACUGUUCUAGGGACACCGUAUUACUUUAGUCCAGAAAUGUGUGAAGGUAAACAGUACGACGAGAAGAGCGACAUCUGGGCUUUAGGUUGUAUUCUAGGGGAGAUGUGUUGCUUCAAAAAAGCUUUCACUGCGUCCAAUUUGUCGGAACUGGUCUCCAAGAUUAUGACCGCCAAGUAUAUUCCCCUGCCGGAGGGUUACUCGGAUACGCUCAAGCACGUGCUGAAUCUGAUGCUACAGAUUAAUCCUCAGGAUCGACCCUCGGCGACGGAAAUUCUCCAAUAUUGGAUCCCCUUGAUAUAUCGGAACUUGGGGAAAAAUGAUGGGUUCAAGUACGUUUCGUCCAACUUUUUGAACAGUACCUUGAUGGAUGAUGCCACGACACUGAUGGGAACGGCUACACGGGACUAUAUGGAAGCUUCAACGGCCACUACGAGUAAUCUGCCACUGGCCGAACGAUCCGUUCUCUAUCAGCUCAAAUCGUUUGGUACUUCGACUAGUCUAACACCCUUGCAGUUGCCACCCAAUGGAAGGAUCCGUCAGGUAGCUACCAAUGGAACACAUUUCGUCGCGGUUAUGCAUGAUGGUUCCGUGUACAGCUGGGGUGAGGGCGAUAAGGGUCAACUUGGCCAUAAUGCGCUGGAGACGUGGCGUCACUAUCCUACAAAGGUGGAAGCGGUUCGAAAAUAUAACAUUAUCGGAGCGGCAACUGGAAAUGGAUUCACCUUCUUCUGGACCGAUUUGGGAGUGGUGUUGUCCUGCGGUGAUAAUAACAACGGUUGCCUGGGACAUGGCGAUACAACUCCGCUAUUGGUUCCGAAAAUUGUUCAAAAAUUCAACAACGUAAAAAUCAUCAAAGUGGUUUGCGGAUCCCAGCACGUGGUCGCUCUAUCCUCGGAUGGGGACUUGUUCACCUGGGGCAGUAGCGCAGAUGGCGCUCUGGGACUGGGUAAACAGAUGUUGGAAAGUAAUGAACCUCGAAGGUUGAUCGUUUCACAGCUAAUUCAGAAUAUCAGUGAUAUAUCCUGUGGACCGGAUUGUACCGUUAUACUGACGACUGCUGGAACGUGCUACUGUUGUGGAAGUAAUCAGUUCAACAAACUUGGGUUUGGGCUUAAGGUUACUCAGCUGAUGGCUCCACAGAAACUCACCUUCAUGAAGCAGAAAAUUGUGUCCGUCAGUGUGGCAGAGAACCAUGCUGCGUUUCUCCUCGAGGGAGGCUAUGUUGUUACGGCCGGAGAUAAUUCCAGCGGUCAGCGCGGGUUGAGCCAUGUGAAAGAAAAUUUUGAACCAACUCUGUUGAAAACGCUGACUAACAGAUUUGUUACGGGAAUCAAAUGCUACUCAACAUACUCGAUUGUUACCACGGAUGAUAACUGUAUCGUAUUCUGGGGCACUCGUCUAGGAAUACCGGAAACAGACUGUGAUGCCCCAUCUGUUAUGGAAACACCCUCUACGAAUAACAACAGCCAAUUUGGAAAUGCACCAAUCGGCAAUAGCACGGCAGCCUUUACGAAUUUUUUGGCUUCAGUCUACAAGUAUGAAACUAUUUUGGAUCCUAUUGAUAUCCUUGCGUUAUACUCAUCCAAGGAUCAACUGACUAAGGGAAGUUAUGUGAAACUGAUCGAUAUUGAACCUCUUUUACACAGUGUUUUAAUACUGGUUGAUAGCACGUGUCCAUUAAUUUAAAAGUUUUGACUCAAGGUUUUAGU